AUGAACUCUUUCCGCUUCGCGCGCGCGGCUCUCAGAGCCCGCCCUGCUGCCAUCCGCGCCCCCCUUCAGCGCAGAACUUACGCAGAUGCCAUCAAGCUGAGCCUGUCGCUCCCUCACCAGUCUAUCUACAAGUCCCAGGAUGUUGUGCAGGUCAACAUCCCCGCCGAGUCCGGCGAGAUGGGUGUUCUCGCCAACCACGUUCCCUCAAUUGAGCAGCUCAAGUCCGGCCUGGUCGAGAUCAUCGAGGAGAGCGGUCCCAGCAAGCAGUUCUUCCUGUCCGGCGGUUUCGCCGUUGUCCAGCCCAACUCCGUCCUUAGCAUCAAUGCCACCGAGGGAUACCCCCUCGAGGACUUCAGCGCUGAGGCUGUCAAGUCUCAGAUUGCCGAAGCCCAGAAGGUUGCCUCCGGCAGCGGAAGCGAGCAGGACAUCGCCGAGGCCAAGAUUGAGUUGGAGGUUCUCGAGAGCCUGCAGGCUGCUCUGAAAUAG